AUGUCGCUCGACCUUGAGCGUCACCUUGUCUUUUAUGGGUCAUACCAUCACAACCACACCAAUGUGGUCAUCCACACUGUCUGCGUGCCAUUGAUUCUCUUUUCGGGAUUCUGCCUAGCAUCGUACACGGGUACACUCAUCCAGCUCCCCGGGUGGCUGACCGUGCCAUACCUGGACCUCAACCUCGGCACCAUCGCCGCUCUGCUCUACUCUUCCCUGUAUCUGUUAUUAGAGCCUGUGGCUGGCUUUGUCCUCGCCGCAAUCUGCGUCGGCGCUGCGGCUGGCAGUAACUACCUGAGGGCUCUCGACCCGGAAAACACUCUGGUCUCGGCCGCGGCCGUCCACAUUGUCUGCUGGGUCAUUCAGUUCGUCGGCCACGGAUUCUUCGAGCGCCGUGCCCCCGCCCUCCUGGAUAACCUCGUCCAGGCCCUCUUCCUCGCUCCCAUGUUCGUCUGGCUCGAGAUCCUCUUUACCGUCGGCUACCGACCCGAGCUCCAGUCUCGUGUCAACAAGAAGGUGCAUGCUGAGAUUGCCAAGUUCAAGUCGCAAGAGAAGAGCACCAAGGCCAACUGA